GGUCACACUGUUACCAACACUCUUGCUGUUGUUUUUUGUUUUGUUUUUAGACUGCGAUUUUAACAAUUUUAAUCCAAAUACGUUGCAAAAAUGCUGACUGACCGUGUGAUAGCCACCAAGGAGGCACUGGUUGUGGCCUUGGGCGACAACUGGGAGCGCUACAGAGCCAACAUGAAGAAUUGGUUUCGCAAUCGCUGGACCAAAGAGGAAUUCGACUGCGAGUGCCGAAAGAUCAUGUCGCCGGACAAGUUGCAUCUGCACAACCAGUUUCUGCUGGCGCUGCUGAACAAGAUCGAUGCAUUUGCACCCGUAGAGACAACGCCGCCGCUGCAGGCCAGCAACAGCAACCGCAGCAAGCGGCGGAAGCGCAGCACGCGGACCUUUGCGGAACGUUUAAAUUUUGAAAUUUUGGAGGUGCUGGAUUUUGUGGCCGAGGACAAUAUGCAAGUGAUACGACCACCGCCCACCGUGAGUGGUGAUCAGCCGAUGCAGCAGCAUCCGCCCACUCAACGUUAUUGCGCCCAGGAGUUGUUCCUGCCCGAUGCGGGCUUCAUUAUGGGCCGCUUCCUCAUCGGCGCUUGGGAGAUUGGUCUUGUGUCCGUGGACGACAAUGUGGCCGAGUAUGUGGCCAUGGCAGUGCAAGUGCUGCUCAAGGAUCUGCUGGGCACCAUCAUCAAGAAGCGCAAACACUACAAAACCAGCGGCGAAGGCAACUUUUACUACGAUGUCGGCGCCCCACUGCGAGAUCCCGCUCUCAGGAACACUGUGACCCGCCAGAAGGUGGACGACACACCCCUAGAGCUGGACAAGGAGCUGAAUACGGCCAACUUUAUGCGGCGACAAAACGAUGAUGUUAUCUUUCUCUCCGCCUGCGAAGAAGUUGAGCCCAGCGAACGGACGCUCAUCACGCUCAAGGAUUGCCAGCUGGCGUUUAGGGAUCGCAACUUAAUUGGCUCCCAUUCGGUGUACUCAAUCAACAUGGAGCGCUUGAACAUGAUGAUGCAUUAAUCUCAAACCAAAAAGUAUUAUAAAGAAACUUAUUUAAUAUUUCAUGUGGCAGGCAGAGCACAAAGGGUGCGCUUAUAUCGUAUAAAGAAUUCCCUUAACACAA